GAAAAGAACAGACCCGCCAAGUUCGCCAGUGCACUGUGCAGGAAGAGAAAACAAACCCCUCUCAUGACUGCACGGGGAAACGAACCUGCGGAUCCGCCGGGCCGGAUUGUCAGCGAGAUCAAAACAAUCGGAUUUGGCUUUGUAUGUGUCGAGGUGCGUGAGGUUCACCCUGUCGUCUGUAGACGGGGAUAAACGUGAGCGCGAUGAGCGCGAGUAUGAAGGAGACGGUGCACAAUCUGAGCAACGUCGUCAACAACGAGCACGGGAAUGAGGAGGCGGUCAUCACCGAGGAGUCGCCGGCCAAGCAGAAGCUGAGGAGCUGGCUGAACCGACAUCUGCGUAUCGAGAUGACCGACGGGCGGGUCUUGAAGGGAGCGUUUCUGUGCACGGAUCGCGACGCGAACGUUAUCCUGGGCUCGUGCACCGAGUAUCUGUCCACGGAGCACGCGGAGGCGAGAGUUUUAGGUCUGGUGAUGGUGCCUGGUCGACACAUUGUCUCGAUACACUUAGACGUUUGAAGCGGCGCCGCACCCGCAAGUCUGUAAAUACUCUAUCACUCUCCCUAUUACGUUUACUUGUAUUGUGGUCUGUACUGUAUGUUAAAUACCAGGAAUAUAUAUUGUACAUAUAUCUUUA